GAGCGUGCUUGCUGGAGGUCAGGGACAUGAUCACACGAGAAUCUCGGUAGUUUCUUGGUAGUAAACGUUGAUUUCGUAAGAAAGAUUAUCCUGGAAUACAGAAUAUUCUCGCAUUGGAUAUUUUCUCCUGGUGUUGGAAAAAUCCAGCGGCACGUUUUUACUUUGUGUUACGACAUCUCUUGCUAAGGUUAGCCGCCUCGGCUCAGCUAGCUUCUUUUAGUUUACAGGCUCUAGACUUAGUCUCCAGAGAGGGUUACAGCCAUGGACAACAACUCUCAGGGCUCGGGAGGAUUCAAAGGUGGGCUAGGGGGUCUGUUUGGUGGCGGUGGUGCUCCUGAAUACUCCAACACAGAGCUCGCCGGUGUCCCACUGACAGGAAUGAGUCCUCUUUCACCUUACCUCAACGUCGACCCUCGUUACCUGGUUCAGGACACAGAUGAGUUCAUUUUACCAACAGGGGCCAACAAGACAAGAGGGAGAUUUGAACUGGCUUUCUUCACCAUUGGAGGCUCAUGUAUGACAGGAGCCACACUGGGAGCUUUAAAUGGUCUGAGGAUGGGCUUGAAGGAGACGAGAGACAUGGCAUGGUCCAAACCUCGCAACGUACAAAUUCUGAACAUGGUGACCAGGCAGGGGGCUUCGUGGGCCAACUCUCUAGGCUCUGUCGCUCUGUUGUAUAGUGCUUUUGGUGUGGCGAUAGAGAAAGCCAGAGGGGCAGAAGAUGACAUUAACACGGUGGCUGCUGGCACGUUAACAGGGAUGCUCUUCAAAUCCAGCGGGGGAUUAAAGAGCGCGGCCCGUGGAGGUCUGGUUGGUUUAGCCGUAUCCGGUGCCUAUGCUCUUUACAACAACUGGGAUCAUCUCACCGGCUCCUCGCCCUCGUCCCGGCUCUACUAGCCUCUUCCAUGCUGUAGCUACUUUAUACUUAGGUCCAAGUAUCUGGAGGACACAGCCUUUAACCACAAACUGCUAGGUUUGAGUUAAAUUCGGUGUUCUUUUCCCGACUCUGUCACUCGCCCUGAAGCAUUCUGGGAAUUGAGAGAAAAGUUAAUUCCUCUGGAAAUCCAGAUCAUUUGUGUUAGUCCCGAUCAGUGAGGAUAUGGUAUGAAAUCCUGACACUUAGUUUUAUUGUUUAUGAAUGAGUCGUCCAUCUCCAGUGAUGCUAUGCUGAGAGAGUGUGCUGACAUUUAGGUUAAAUGAGCCAAUUUAUAGGACGGCACCCAGCGUGUGGUCCAGACGAGGUAUUUUCAGACUGAAAGACUCGCCACCUGUAAAAAUGGAACAAAUCCUGAUGGGCUGAUGACUUGUAUUUAUUAAAACGUAUGUUAGUGGUUUCUGCUCUGUGAGAGAGGAAGUCACUGUAAAGCUGUACCGGAACUGCUUACUUUUUAUGUUUCUCCAUCAAGUACGCUGUUUGAUAAAGUGAAAUAAAAUAAAACGGAAAUGUUCACAAAUA